AUGGCAUCCGCUCCAAGAGGUCGUCUCCAAGGCAAGAAUGCCAUCAUUACCGGUGCAGCUGGCGGCAUCGGCCUCGAAACCAGCAUCCUCUUCGCCCGCGAAGGCGCCAACAUCCUAAUGGCCGACAUCUCGGCCCCCGCCCUCGAGAAAGCCCUCGCCAAGAUCAAAGAAGUCGUUCCUACCGCUCCCCGCGUUGAGACCAUCAAAUGCGACGUCUCCAAGGAAUCCGACGUACAAGCCAUGGUCGAGUCCCAGGACAGCUGGGGCGGCACCGACGUCAUCUUCAACAACGCGGGCAUCAUGCACGCCGACGAUGCCGACGCCAUCGACACCCCCGAGAAGAUCUGGGAUCUGACGCAUAACAUCAACGUCAAGGGUGUGUGGUUCGGAUGUAAGCAUGCUGUGCUGAGUCUGCGUCGUCACAAGAAGACCAAGGGCAGCAUCAUCAACACGGCGAGUGUGGUCGCCUUGGUGGGAAGUGCUACGCCGCAGUUGGCAUACACGGCUAGUAAGGGUGCUGUGUUGGCGUUGACGCGCGAAUUGGCUAUUGUGCAUGCGAGGGAGGGAUUCCGGUUCAAUGCGCUGUGUCCGGCGCCGUUGAACACUCCCCUCUUGCAAGAUUGGCUGGGUGACGACAAGCCCAAGCGCUUCCGGCGGGAGGUGCACUUCCCUACUGGUCGGUUCGGAGAGGCUAUUGAGCAGGCUCAUGCCGUGGUGUUUUUGGCUAGUGACGAGAGCAGUUUCGUCAAUGGUAGUGACUUUGUUGUGGAUGGUGGAAUGUCCAAGGCGUAUGUUACUCCAGAGGGACCGGCCACUGCUGCUCCUCAGAAUCUGGGGCAUUAG